AAAACAACCAGACACAGAGUAGAUGUUGAGAAGCGGCUCAGGCUGCCGGUUACAUGUCUGACCGCAGAGGUUGGCUGAGGGGACACUAACUGCUGCAGGAGGACGUUAAGAUGUUGGGGGUCAGGUGCAUUGUGGGUGAUCUGCGUGGAGGAGGAAGACUCCUGAGACGUCUUCCUCCAGUCCAGAGGACGUUUGCCUCCUCAGCGCCGACCUCAGACAGCCACCAGGCCAGCCUUCUUCACGGUCGUCGUCUUCCUCAGCUGACUCAGAGGCGCUUCCUGUCUCAGGGUCAGGACUCGUCCACCGGGUCUGCGAAACUGAAGCUGAGGACUCGUCUGGCGGUGACCCUGCUGUUCGGCGGCGGUCUGCUGGGUGUCUGGUGGUACAUUCACUUUGAGAAGCAGCAGAAGUUGCGGCAGCAGCGCAUGGAGCAGCUGCAGCAGGUGGCGGUGGGUCACGGCAACUUCAGCCUGCUGGACCACACGGGCCGGCGCAGGACCAAGAAGGACUUCCUGGGCAGCUGGGUGCUGCUGUACUUCGGCUUCACGCACUGUCCGGACAUCUGUCCCGACGAGCUGGACAAGCUGAGCGCCGUGGUGUCGGCUCUGGACCGGGACGCCUCGCUGCCGCCCGUCCAGCCCCUCUUCAUCACCGUGGACCCGCAGAGGGACGACACGCAGGCGCUGGCCCGCUACGUCAAAGACUUCCACCCCCGUCUGAUCGGACUGACCGGAACACCGGAGGAGGUGAAACACGCGGGGCGGGACUACAGAGUGUACGCCAGCCCCGGACCCAAAGACGAGGACGGAGACUACAUCGUGGAUCACACCAUCCUGAUCUACCUGGUGAGUCCUGACGGGCUUUUUCUGGAUUAUUACAACAGGAUGAAGGACCAGGAGCAGAUCGCCCAGAGCGUCAGGAACCACAUCAACAACUAUGUCAAACUCUGAGCCGGAAAACUGAAACUGAAGCUGAAGCGCUCAGCUUUCAGUCCUGAAAUGUUUAAAGUGAACAUUUGAUGAUCCGCCACCAGGACGAAAGACUCGACCUGCUGUGAGCGUCACGUGGAUCUCAUCGCUCUCUGGUGUCGGCUCAUGUCUGAGGUCAGUGAUCGAGUCAUCCUGAAGUCAUUCUAAGCUGCUUCUGUUGGACACCUCAGGACUCUGGAUCUGUUUUCAGCUGCCGGUCAGACAAAUCAACGUCCUCGUGGACAUUCGUUGACAUUUUCUCAUCAAAACCAUCGAUUAUUUGAAAAAAUGAUGAAGAUGAAUCAAUGAUGAGAAUGUCUGGUAGCUGCUGCCUGAGAUGUCACAACCUUGUUCAACAAUUCAAAACCAUUCAGUUCAGCAGAAUUGAUCGAUUGGACCGGCCGGCUGUGCCUCAUUAAUCUGAGGACGUCUCUGUUAGACAGUGAUUGUGUGUGUGGUUCAGACAAACUGUCUCUAACAGUCACGUUGACCUGCUGUGAACCCCUGAGGACUGAGGGGACAUCAUGUUCUCUGAUGUUUUACAGCUGAUGAGUCUGCAGACGUCUGGAGUCUCAGUGUUGGACUGUCCUGCUCUGAUGUUUCAGUCUCACUGAUCGAUGACACAUAAAACAUAAAC